AAAUCAUUUCUCCACGAAUUUCAAUUUUCGGUCCUUCGCUACUUUUUUCAUAUUAAGGCCCUUGUCGUGCCAUAUUGGUCCUUCGAGCCGGAUAUUUGAACCUUAUUUCUAAAUUCUUUUGAUUGGGAAACUCUGAAUUUAAUUCAUUUCAUUUCCAUAUUGUUCUGCUCAUAAAAAACUGAUAAGCGCAGUGUGUUGACAUUCAGCGUCUUCUCAACCACAGACGACGUAUUUUCAGUGGAUAACCUCUCAUUGUCGAACAAUAACAAUAACCUGACUUAUCGUAAACAAUUUCAUGAUUGUUUACUUUCGAUUAUUUCGUUUCUCUAUUUCUAUAUUCUCGCUCGUUCUGUCAGGUAUUGUUCUUGUUUGAACAUUUAUCGAUCUAUAGUGUCCAUAGUUUGUUAUUGAUAUUUUCAUUUUCGUUCAAUUUGAAAAACUUCUCAAAAUAAACUUUCGACCUAACGUUAUAACUGCAGUAUACUUUGAAUCGUAAAACAGCUCAUUCCACUCACAAUGAAUUCUAAAGUGAAACAGAAUAAGGCACGACGUCAAAUUCUCAUUGAUGACAUCGAGGAAAUUUUGGUUUUAGCUCAGGCUGCGGUAACUGAUCAAAGUCUUCACGUACGAUUUCGUUUAAGAUACGAAAGUCUGGAGGAAAUUCACAGCAAAUUUCAAACUCUGCACAGUGCUAUCAUAGUACUUUUAGCAAAUUCAGACGAACCAGAUUACAACGCCGAAAAAUCAGUUAGAGCUGCGUUUACCGAUAAUUAUUUCACAAUCAAAACGAUCUACGUGAAUUUGUUUCCUGUCGUUAUACCUGAGACCAAUCGUAUAUCAAAAUCGCCAAGUGUUAAACUUCCUAAAAUCGUUUUACCUAUUUUUGAUGGUAAUUAUAAGGAAUGGCCAACGUUUUAUGACUUAUUCAAAAGCUUAGUUCACGAGAAUUCUAAUUUGAGUCAAAUCGAAAAAUUUCAAUAUCUAUUAAGUUCACUUUCUUCUCAAGCUCUUAAUUUGCUCAAAGGUUUUCCUUUGACCGCUCAAAAUUAUGAAAACGCCUUUCAAACUCUAACUGAUAGAUAUCAAAAUAGACGCCUCUUAGCUAAUACAUGUUGGAAUGAAAUUUAUAAUAUUUCAAAACUUCACAGUGAGUCGGCAUCCGGACUUAGACGGAUUCUGGAGGUAUUUUCGGAAAAUUUAGCUGUGUUGAAAAACUUAGGUCUGCCUACUGAUCAGUGGGACUUUGUUUUAUUUCAUCUGCUCAUUCAAAAAUUAGACACAGCCACCAUUAAACGAUUCGAAUUACAGGAAUGCUCAACAGACAUUCCUUCAUUUAUCAAUUUGCAAACUUUCUUAACUGAUCAAUGUGUAGCUCUAGAAUCAGUGGCUCUUUCUGUUCCUUCAAAAUCUCAACAGUUUUCUGAUUCUCGAACUUCAAAAUUCAAUAAUACUUCAAGUAAACGAAAUUCCGCUCUUUUAGUUCAGUCGAAAAAUAAUUCAGAUAAAAAAGGCAUUAGCUGUAAUUAUUGCAAGUCAUCUCAUAAUAUUUACAACUGUCCUUCAUUUUUGGGAAAAACUGCUUCAGAUCGUUUCAAAAUUGUCAAAGAUAAGAAUUGGUGCAUCAAUUGCCUUCAUUCUGGGCAUCAAUUAAAUAACUGUUCCUCGAAAUCAACAUGUCGAACCUGUAAUAAAAAACAUCAUUCUUUAUUGCACAUGCGCAGUCCAUCAGACGAUGUACCUCAGAACGAAUCAUGCCAAUCGCAGAGUCAAACCUCUUAUUUUUCGCAUUCCAACUCAGUGAAUCUUUUGCCUGCCAACUCCACAGUUUUAUUGGCUACUGCUCAAGUAGACAUCCAAGACGCUUGGGGUAACUUUCAGAAAGUUCGAGUUUUAUUAGACGCCGGUUCUCAAAUUAAUAUCAUAUCCCAAUCUUGUGUUAAUAAGUUAGGAUUGCAAAUUUCAAAGACUGCACUUUCAAUUACUGGCAUAGGGGAAAGUUCAUCUACUGCUUCUGGUAGCACUGUCUGCUCUAUUCGCCCUACAGGUCAGAUCAAUCCAUCUUUCACCUUCGACGCUGUAGUUCUCCCAAAAAUUUGUACACAAAUGCCGACCUCUUUAGUCCAAUUUUCCAAUUGGAAAUGCAUCUCCAACAAAAAAUUAGCAGAUCCUGAAUUUUUUACUCCACAUUCUGUGGACAUUCUUCUUGGUGCAGAUAUUUUCCCACUUGUACUCAAAGACGGUCGAAUCAAAGGCAACGGUUCGGAACCUACAGCCCUAGAAACUGUUUUCGGUUGGGUUUUCAUGGGACAAAUUCAGUCUCCUAGUCGCUCAAUGAAUUCAUUUCAUUUGUCUUUAUGUGAUUCUUCUUUGAAUUCCACAUUAAAGAGGUUUUGGGAACUCGAAGAGGUGCCAACAACAACAUCCUCUUCACCAGAGGAUCAACGUUGUGAACAACUCUUUGUUGAAGGUCAUUCGAGAGAUGCUUCGGGACGAUACACGGUUGCAUUGCCAUUUGAAAGUGGCAAAUGCGUUCGUUUUGGGGAUACAUAUUCUUUAGCUCUGCGUCGUUUUCUGUCGCUCGAACGUAGACUUAUAAGAACUCCAGAAGUUUACCAGGAGUAUUGUCAUUUUAUGAAAGAUUAUUUGAGUAGUAAUCAUAUGUCGUCAGUAAUCACCGAUGUCGAAACUGAAAAUAAUUUCUAUAUCCCUCAUCAUUGUAUCAUCAAGCCUGAUAGUGCGUCGACUAAGUUACGAGUAGUGUUCGACGCAUCAGCUCACCUUCCAGGUAAAUUGUCCUUGAAUGAUGCUCUCUUGAUUGGUCCUAAAUUACAGAAGGAUAUUUUUGUAAUUCUGUUGAAUUUUCGUGUCCACACUUUUGUUUUCACUGCCGAUAUAAAACAAAUGUAUCGUCAAAUCUUGAUUCAGCCCUCACAUCGUGAUUACCAAAAAAUUCUUUGGAGGUUUUCUCCGUCAGAGCCUAUCGGUGCAUAUCGAUUAAACACUGUCACCUACGGAGUUGCGCCUGCUCCUUUUCUUGCUCUUAGAACUUUGUCUCAACUAGCUGAGGACGAAGGAGCCUCUUUCCCAAAUGCUUCCAAAAUCCUGCUCAGAGAUAUUUACGUGGACGAUAUUGUCACUGGCUGUGAUGAUCUCGGACAGGCCAAAGUUUUGGUGGAUGAGUUGAUAUCAUUGUUGGAAUGUGGUGGGUUUGAGCUUCGUAAGUGGUGUAGCAAUAGCCAUGAAUUACUUUCGCGUGUUCCUUUAGACCACCAACAUCAGCAUUCCAUAAACUUUGAUGCCGACUCUGCCAUUAAGAUUCUUGGUUUGAAAUGAUUUCCUUCAUUGGAUGAAUUUUCUUACUCAGCGAAGUCAUCUGGUGAGGUCUGCUCAAGACGAUCUAUCCUGUCUGAUCUCUCGCGUAUUUUUGACCCUCUCGGAUUUCUUGCCCCAUUUACUUUUCUUGCAAAGCACUUAAUCCAGCAUCUCUGGACUUUAGGCUUGCAAUGGGAUGAUUCUCUCCCAGUAGAGGUAAACAAUCGCUGGAAUCAGUGCAAAUCUGAAUUGCACGAACUAGCAAAGCUCAAAAUUCCCAGACUGUUGGCAUCAGGUUCCUAUUCACGAUGCGAACUCCAUGGCUUCGGAGACAGUAGUGAACGAGGUUAUGCUGCUGUCAUUUACCUUAGAUUUUUCUAUCCCAACGGAUCUGUUGGUACAUCAUUCGUAUGUGGCAAAUCAAAGGUUUCUCCGGUAAAGAGAAUUUCAAUUCCUAGAUUGGAACUCUGCGCCUGUCUUCUCUUGUCUAAACUCAUUUCCUUAGUUCUCUCGGUCUAUUCAUCCGCCUUUCAGAUAAGCAAAGUUUUUGCCUGGUCCGAUUCCACAGUCGCUCUGACAUGGAUCAGAUCCUCCCCUCAUCGAUAGAAAUCGUUCGUCAGUAAUCGAACGACUCAGAUUCAGGAAUUGGUUUCGCCAGAACUCUGGUAUCAUGUCAAAUCUAGGGAUAACCCCGCUGAUUGUGCUUCACGUGGUUUGACGCCAGUUGAACUUCUGAAUUGUACAUUAUGGUGGGCGGGACCAUACUGGCUCCGUUCAGAGGAAACCACUUUCGAUCGCAGAGAAAUGGAAAGUGAUCAAGAUCUCGUGAGGAAGGAAGAACGUCACAUUUCUUUGCCCACAUUUGUCUGCUCGCAAUUUGUACCUGAGUUGCUUUCGAAGUUCUCGUCGUUGUCCAAGAUUCAGCGUAUAGUGGUUUACGUUUUCAGAUUCGUUCAUAACCUGAAAAAUUCCAAGUCUCGUAUAAAUGGAAUUGUAUCAUCGAUAGACCUCAAACAUGCUUUCACCUUCAUCAUCAAGCAAGUACAGCAAUCUGUGUUUCAGGCAGAUAUUGCUAAUAUUCAGAAUGAAAAACCUAUUUCGAAGGGUCUUCGUAAGUUGAAUCUUUUCAUUGGCGAGGAUGGUGUUCUCAGGGUGGGCGGCAGACUUUCAUUUUCUGGUCUUUCGUAUGACCAUAAACAUCCAGCCCUUCUUCCGUCUUCUCAUCGACUCACUGAACUUAUAAUUCAGCAUUUCCAUAGAGUUUACCAUCAUCCAGGUGCCCAAACUCUACAAUUUCUCCUUACUCAACAAGUUUGGAUAUUGUCCGCUCGAAGAGCGAUAAAUAAAGUUAUUUCUCGUUGUCAUACCUGUUUCAGGGUGAAACCAAAGGCUUCUCAGCCUUUAAUGGGUAAUUUGCCCUCUCUAAGAGUGAAUCAGCUCAAGCCUUUUCAAUGUGUAGGUGUAGACUAUGGUGGGCCAUUUCAAACAACUAUGUCUCGAACUCGCGGUUCUAAAUCGUUCAAGUCGUACAUAUGCCUGUUCGUAUGUUUUACAACAAAGGCAUUACAUUUAGAACUCGUCUCAGAUCUCACGUCCAACGCCUUUCUCGCUGCAUUACGUCGAUUCAUUGCUCGACGAGGACGAUGCAAUCAUAUAUUUAGUGACGGCGGAACGAACUUCAAAGGAGCAUAUCGAGAGCUCUCAAACUAUAUGCAAAAUGCGCUGAUUGAGGAACAAAUAAAAUGGAGCUUUAAUCCCCCUUCUGGUCCACAUUUUGGAGGACUUUGGGAAUCCGGAAUAAAAUCCGUUAAAUCGCACUUGCUUCGAAUCAUAGGUGAUCAAAUUCUUACUUAUGAGGAAUUUUACACAGUACUUACGCAAAUAGAGGCUCUUCUCAACUCGCGCCCGCUUUGUCCACUUAGUAAUGACCCGAAUGACAUAUCGGCGUUAACGCCGGGACAUUUUCUCACCUUAGCGCCAUUGACUGCGUUACCUGAACCGGACUUAUCACACCUUUCAAUGGGAAGACUUUCACGUUGGCAGCUUUUGACGCGUAUCCACCAAGAUUUUUGGAAGCGGUGGCACUUGGAAUAUUUAAACACGUUACAACAACGUAAGAAGUAGUUCGAUAAAACCACCGAUUGUCUCUCAAUAGGUACACUCGUACUUAUCAAAGAUGAUCAGCUUCCUCCAUUGCGCUGGCGUUUAGGACGAAUCGAAAAAUUGCACCAUGGUGCUGAUAAAAUAGCUCGAGUAGCUAGUGCCCGUACAACUCAAGGUAUACUGCAGAGGCCGGUGGUUAAGUUAUGCCCUUUACCACUUCAAUAAUUUUUUUUUUUUUUUUGUCAACUCUUUUUUCGUGUAAAAUAUUCUAUUUUAGGUGAGCGGUUAUGUUACUGCAACUAGUCAACUCAUCUUAUUUUCUUUGUUUUCCUUUUAUUAUUAAUAAAUUCAUUGUUUUCCUAAUUCAGAGAAUAUCGUUCAUUUAAAUGUACCGCGGGAAAACAUAUGCUGGAGAUUUGAUAGAUGCCAGAUGCGCGAGGAUUCAUUCAAGACCCGUCCGUGCAUAUGGACAUUUUCAUACAGAUCUCCACUCGCUCUUUCGUUGUGUUAAACGCAAUAUUUUCUUUUCAUAAACAUUUUCGAGUCGACUCUAUUUUCAAGAACAAUACCGUUUCUUCGGUUGUGCGAGAUUGAGUGUUCCGUCUACCACCCGUUCGACGGCGAAGAUCUAUCAGCCAAGGACAUUUCAUGGGCUUUACCAAGUAAAGUUGGGAGGAUUGAGGGAUUUCAAGGUGCCGAUUUCUUUAAAAGGCGAAGAAAUCCAUCUACUUUUGUGUGAUAAAGAAAAGGUUGAGGAAGCAAAUUGCUAUUGGUUCAUACUCCAAGGCUGGUCCCGG